ACGGCGAAGAAGAAGCAGCUGAGGAGGAUCUGAGAAAACCCCGCGGUUUGUUUGCGUCUCUGCCCGCGGUGCCGCCCUCCAGCCGCCCCCAGCCUCUCUCCGGUACCCAUCGAUCCAUCAGCGGCUGAUCAGCGAUCAGAUUCUCUGAGGCUCGACGCUUGUUGAUAACAGCUGAUUAAGGAAGGAAGGAAGGAAGAAAGGAAGGGACGCAGGCAAGGGGAGCACCUCGCCUCGGAGAUGGAGCUGGUCAAAGAGAAGGCACCACCAGAGCCGCAGCUGAAGGGCAUCGUGACGCGCCUCUUCAGCGAGCAGGGCUUCUUCCUGCAGAUGCAGCCUGAUGGAGCCAUCAGUGGGACCAAGGACGAGAACAGCGACUACACUCUGUUUAACCUGAUCCCAGUAGGUUUGAGGGUCGUGGCCAUCCAGGGAGUGAAGGCCGCACUGUACGUGGCCAUGAACGCAGAGGGAUUCCUCUACACAUCUGAUGUGUUCACACCAGAGUGCAAGUUUAAGGAGUCUGUGUUUGAGAACUACUACGUCAUCUACUCGUCCACGCAGUACCGGCAGCAUGAGUCUGGUCGGGCCUGGUUCCUGGGCCUCAACAAGGAAGGAGUCAUCAUGAAGGGAAACCGAGUGAAGAAAACCAAACCGUGCUCACACUUCGUCCCCAGACCCAUCGAAGUCUGUAUGUAUAAGGAGCCGUCGCUGCACGAGCUAGAGGAGAAGCUGCUGAAGUCCUCGAGGAGCCCGACGAUGAACAGCGAGGAGCGGGCGAGGAGCCUGGAGAGGGAGCGGCAGGCAGCGGAGUCCUCCACAGAACGAGAAGCAUCGUAGCCUGCAGCGCCACCCAUAGGAGGAGGAGGACAACUCCCAUUUUAACACUCCCUCUGUUCAGCAACAACAACAACCACACCAACGACGACAACAACCGCCAUAACAACAACGGCGAAAACAAAGAAAAAAAAAGAAGCUAAAAAAAAAUGGGGGAAAAAAAUCUUCUUGCUCGUGAUGAAAUAUUU